AUGCCUGGAGGCCAGGAACCCCUCCUGGCGCGGCCAACUUCGCCCCAAUCAUCAAACCAGGACCUCGCCGAGGAGGACGCUCUGCUCACAGGCCAACCCACCAACCGAUCGGAAGACAAUCGGAACAGAUGGCGGGAAAUCGGACUCUUCACAUGGGCCUUACUUGCGACUGCAGCCGUUGUGGCGCUUGCAGUCGUCUUCCAACAUGAGAGACAGGUCGGCAGUAAACCCAACAACGGAGGGUGGGGAGAAGAUGGAAAACCCUCUGGCAAACGAAACAUGAUCUUCAUGGUGUCGGACGGCAUGGGUCCGACAUCGCUAGCCUUGACGAGGAGUUACCGCCAGUAUGCCAGCGGGCUACCGAUUGACGACGUCUUGGUACUAGACCAACACAUCAUUGGCACUUCGCGAACCCGCAGCUCGAGCAGUCUGGUUACUGACUCGGCCGCUGGUGCCACCGCCUUCUCGUGUGGCUUCAAGAGCUAUAAUGGCGCUAUCUCAGUUCUGCCAGAUCACACUCCUUGCGGGACCGUUUUGGAAGCGGCAAAGAAGGCCGGCUAUAUGACCGGUCUAGUAGUAACCACCCGUCUCACAGACGCAACACCCGCUUGCUUCGCCGCUCAUGCCAACCGCCGCGAGUACGAAGACCUGAUUGCCGAGCAGAUGAUCGGACAUUAUCCCCUCGGUCGCGUGGUUGAUGUCAUGAUCGGUGGAGGCCGCUGCCACUUUCUUCCCAAUACCACCGAGGGCUCAUGCCGCAGCGACUCCAGGGAUGUCGUUGCAAUGGCCAAGAAGAACGGAUUCAACUACUUCGACAGCCGCAAGGAAUUUGAUGCCCUCGCUUCCUCCGGCGAGGUCAAGCUUCCCCUGCUCGGCCUCCUCGCCCCUACCGAUAUUCCAUAUGAAAUCGACCGUGAGCACGUCUCCGAUGUCUACCCCUCCGAGUCCGAGAUGGCCGAGUUCGCUCUAGAGGCCCUCUCUGCCGCCACCAAGGACAGCGACAAGGGCUUUUUCAUCAUGAUUGAAGGCUCUCGCAUCGAUCACGCCGGCCACGGCAAUGAUCCUGCUGCCCAGGUUCACGAAGUUCUGGCGCACGACAAAGCCUUCUCCGCCGUCCUCGACUUUUUGGAGAAGGAUCCCACACCUGGCAUCCUAGUGAGCACAUCCGACCACGAGACUGGCGGUCUUGCCACCGCCCGCCAACUCCACAAGGAAUAUCCACAUUAUUACUGGUUCCCUGGCGUACUGGCGAAUGCCUCGCAUUCGGCCGAAUAUGCUGCACACAAGUGGGCCGACUAUUUGUCCUCGGAUUUGGCGACUGCGGCCUCGCGUGACGAGAAGCGCGUUGCCGUCGAAUCUAUUCUCCAGGAUGAUUUGGGCAUUGUCGACUUCUCGUCUGGCGAAGUCUCCGACAUCAUCGACGCGGAGCCUAUAUGGCCGCCUAGCUACCUAUUCGCUGACAUGAUCUCGCGCCGUGCGCAGGUUGGCUGGUCCACACACGGACAUAGUGGGGUUGACGUCAACAUCUACGCUUCAGCGCCGGAACAUGCACGUCAACUCGUUGGAAACCACGAGAACAUUGAAGUAGGACGCUUCAUUGCCGAGUACCUAGACGUUGACAUCGAUGCCGUGACAAGUGAGCUAAAGAGCAAACAUGUCAAGACGGGCAGUUCCGGCCUGGAUUUUCCAGAAGUCGAAACCGCGGAUGCCGCGCUGGAGAGACUGUUCCCCGGUGAGGAGAUGGGCGACUAUGCGUGGAUGGGACCACCGGGCCUACCAGUCAAUCCGAACGGACAGCUCAAAGUCCUGGACGAUUAUCAUGGCGAUUUCAAGCACCGAAAGAGAGAGGAGAUGGAAUGUGGGUGUGGGAUGAUGCACUGA